GCCCAUUUGAAGGCCGAAAAGCAAAGUAUGCAAAUCAUAAUAACACAACCAAAGAAAUGCACCAAUAGCUUCUAAAUCCAAACCAAUUUCUUUUAUUUUAGUUGGGAAAGAAGCAUAUGAUCUACUGAGCUCUGACAUCCAACAUAUGCUCAAAUCUUGGAAAACAAACCAAAAAAACUACUCCAAAAUUUCAGUUACAUACGAAUAACCACCGCAAGAUUCCACCUUUCCUCACAAUCACACAUAUAUAAGUAAUCCCUUCUCUCUCUACAUGAGUCUUGCGAUUCCUUCCGUGGCUGAGACAUAAUCACACCCUCUUUCCCAACACUGCUCCGAUGGUGGCUGCCGCCGCCGAAGACUGCUCCGGCGGGCGCACGGUGGUGGUGGGCGUCAAGUUCGACUCCUACAGCAGGGAGCUCCUCACGUGGGCUCUCGUCAAAGUCGCCCACGCCGGUGAUCGCGUCAUCGCUCUUCAUGUUCUCAAGAACAACGAAAUUGUUGAUCGUGAUGGAAAAUCAUCCCUUCUCUCUCUAGUUAAAGCUUUUGAUUCAAUUCUUGAAGUUUAUGAAGGAUUCUGUAAUUUGAAGCAGGUUGAUCUCAAACUAAAGAUAUGCAGAGGUUCUUCGAUUCAGAAAAUCCUCGUUCGUGAAGCUAAAUCUUACUAUGCGUCCGAGGUUAUAGUGGGAACGGCUCAAACUCAUCACACGAUUCGUUCCUCAGCUUCUGUCGCUAAAUACUGUGCAAAGAAACUGUCAAAGGAAUGUUCUGUGUUGGCUGUGAACAAUGGGAAGGUUGUGUUUCACCGCGAAUCCUGUUUGGAAGCGUCACGUGUUAGUGUCAAAGAACUCGAACAUAAUCGUAGGAAUGGUUUACUUUCUGCUCUGCAAAGAUCGUUCAACAAGAACAUCAAAGUGCUUAACGAAGGUGGUGAUCCAAUUAAACCAAUGCUGCUGACAUGGGGAGAAGGUGGCUGUGGUAAAACAGACUCGGUUGAGCAGAAAUGCUCGAUUUGCACGCCAGAUUCAGUGACGUGGCAUGAGUCGUGCAGGGAGGCAGGUGAGGUGCCUCCAAGGGAUGAAGGUGAGAGGGAUAUGGAUUCUUCGUUGGCGAUUGUUCCAGUGAAGGAGCAGGAGGUUGCGUCCGGUUCAGUGUCAUUGCUGCUAAAGGGAUUGUCUGAAGUGAAGCCUGGUUGGCCGCUUCUUCGCCAUGCCAUGGUUCGUGACACGAGCUCUUCACAGAUUCAGCAAGUGAGGCAGAUCUCCGUGGUUCAGUGGGCGAUGAGGCUACCGAGUAGAUAUGGAUUGUUUAUCGAGAAUUCGACUAGGAAAGACUCUGACUCCUCAAAUCAUGACCAAGAUCAUCAACUAGAUGGAGAGAGUGGUGCAAUUGUUCCUGUUGGGAAUGAGUCCGUGUCUGUUCCAUCCAGCCCCGACUGCCUUUCAAGGCCCUUGCCGGAGGAGCUGAAGGGCCUUCACGAGAAGUACUCAGCCACGUGCAGACUGUUUAAGUUCAGGGAACUUGAGCUAGCUACCUCCAACUUCAGAAAAGGAAAUAUAAUAGGUAAAGGAGGCAGUAGUCAGGUCUAUCGAGGCUGCCUUCCCGACGGGAAGGAGCUUGCCUUGAAGAUCUUGAACCCUUCCGAGACUGCUCUGAAGGAGUUUGUCCUAGAAAUCGAGAUCAUCACCGCAAUACAUCACAAAAACAUAAUCUCACUCUUUGGAUUCUGUUUUGAAGGCAAUCAUCUUCUCUUGGUGUAUGAUUUUCUAUCAAGAGGAAGCCUUGAAGAUAAUCUUCAUGGUGACAAGAAGGAUCCGUUCUCGUUUGGGUGGAACGAGAGGUAUAGGGUCGCUAUAGGCGUGGCUGAGGCUUUGGAGUAUCUCCACAACAGAGAAGGGCAGCCUGUGAUCCACAGAGAUGUUAAGUCAUCAAACAUACUUCUAUUCGACGAUUUCGAGCCUCAGCUUUCCGACUUUGGGCUUGCUAAAUGGGCAUCACCGAAUUCAACUCACAUAACGUGCUCUGACGUUGCUGGCACGUUCGGAUAUUUGGCUCCUGAGUAUUUCAUGUAUGGGAAGGUAAAUGAGAAGAUAGACGUCUACGCCUAUGGAGUAGUUCUUCUUGAGCUUCUCUCGGGGAGGAAACCGAUAAGCAGCAACUGCCUGAAAGGACAAGAGAGCCUUGUUAUGUGGGCGAAGCCAAUUCUGACAUCGGGCAAGUUCACCACGUUGCUUGAUCCGAACCUAGGAAGCAACUAUGAUGAUGAUCAAGUGGAGAGGAUGAUUCUAGCUGCGUCGCUCUGCAUCAGACGUGCACCACGUGCUCGACCCCAAAUGGGCCAAGUUUUGAAGCUUCUCCGAGGCGAUCAUGAGGCCGUGAAGUGGGCUAGACUGCAAGUGAACGCUUCUGAAGGGCCGGUCCACAGCAAUUCCGUGGAAGGGUGUGAUGCAAUAGACGACGAAACCAUGUCGCAAUCCAAUUCUAUGCAGUCCCACCUCGACCUUGCAAUGCUAGGCGUGGAGGAGGACUUGCUCUCCGUGAGUAGCAUCGAGCAGAGGGUUUCCUUGGAAGAUUAUCUACGAGGCAGGUGGAGUCGCUCUUCCAGCCUUGACUAACCGUGUUUUCUUGCAAAAUGCAAUGAGAACAAAGGGGAAAGGAACUCUAGUAGUGUGUGUGUGUGUGUGUUUUGUUUGAUGGUUGUAUGUUGGCAUUUGUUACUCAUGGUGAAUGUGGGCUUGGAUGUGAGGUUUGUUUGUAGUUUUGUCCUCCUCCUCCUCCUUCCCUUAGUAGUUGUGAGAGUGAAGCCAUUCUUUUUUUGUUUUUUUUAAUCAGAAUAUUUAGGUUUUGAUUCGGAAAAACCAUCUAAGUGUACUACAUAAUAAUAAUAAUGUGGUCAUAUUCUUCUUCUAGA